AUUCGGUAUUAUUUUUUUGAAAUCAGUUUGAAUGUGAUUUUUGCUACUAUUUACAUUAUUAUAACCUCAAAUCAUAACGUCAACGUCAAAACCAAAUGUCAUUCAUAGAACGAAAUUUAGUUCCGGACAUUGAUAGCCAAAAAACUGUUGGAUAAGAAGUUACAGCGUUCACCAUAUUCGUUAGUGAAUGGCAAAAAGCCUCCAUAUAUUUGAAUGGUUUGACAAAUGAUUCUACUCGAAUGAAUCGUACCGAUUCAGAUUACUCUGCUUUCUUUUUGCUUCAGCCUUCAUAAGAUACUUAGCUCGUAUAGAUGAACGAUGACGUGCAAAAUAGCGAGAGGUCUAACGAUCAAAUGAUUUGUGCCUCUACUUCUUGGUGCUCUGACCUUGAGACAAAAUAAGGUCAAGACCGUUGAUGUCAAAAUAUGUAUUAAACAUGAAUCGCUGUUAAAAUUAAAAAUUAUCUAAUGUUUAUGCAAAAAUAGUAAUAUGUGAUACUGUAAUCUUGAGCAAAAGUAACGUACGGUAACAAUGGACACUCGAUCUCCUUUAGAAAACAUCUUUAGUGUGAUAGGAAGUCUGCCUCAGGGUCACGACAAACCUGUAAAACAUGCCCUUUACAACGCAGUUGCUUUAUUUAUCUUAUUUUUAAGCUGUGCAGCAGGAUAUGCAGUAUACAUGAUUCUGGAGCCCUUUAUAAAGCCCUUGAUGUGGGCUGUGCUAGUUGGUUCUGCCCUACAUCCCAUCAAAAGGUCUCUGCGCUACAAGUUUCAGACAUGGUUUGAAACUUUGGAAUGUACAAACACACCUGUAGUAUUCGGAAUCAUCUUGAUACCAUACAACAUCGUGAAUGACCUCUCAGAGUUUAUUGGCGAGAUUAUCUGGACAAGGCUAAAGCUCAUUAUUGCUGUGUGCAUUCUGAUACCUGUUCUGCAUUUAGUUUACUUUUACACACCAAAGAUUGUUGUUGCUGUAAUAUGGCAAGUGAUAGUUUUCUCAUUUAAGUCCCUAAACUUCAUAUUGAAUAUCUCCUCAUUUUGGUUGGUACUGAUCAUAUUAAUAGGAUAUUUGUCACUGGUAUUUUUUGUCUGGAUGCCAGAAAAUAACACAAAGUUUCACUAUGCUUCAAUUUUAAUUUGGCUGUUAUGCUCUUGUUAUGUGGCUAGGCUGUUUGGAUCAUUCCAGUUGCCAGUAUUUAUUCUACUACAAGGCAUUUUCUUUGGUGGAUUUUUGUCUGAGGUGUAUGAAAUUCAUCAUACUAUGUCCAGAACAGGUCAUCCCAUUUCAAUAUCAAAAUCUCUCUCACUGGCAUUCCAUGACAAACCUUUGGAUUUAGAUGAGAGUGAAACUAAUGUUUCAGAAAAUGUAAAGGAUACUAUCGAGGUAUUUAUUUCAAUGUAUAGCAAUAUUUCCAUGUGUGUAAAUUAUAAAUUGUGCUCCUUCAAUUUCACCAGCAAAAAUCAAAUGGCUUACCUGAAAAAAAUGAAACGAACAAAGCUGAUGGUGAUACAACAAUAUCCGAGAAAACAGAAAAGGAAAAAGACCCUUGGGGACUAGAGUUAUUUGAGGAGCAGGCAACUUCAGUAACUAGAGCAGACUCAGAUUUAAAUAACAGUGUUCUGAUAACCAGUCAGGGAAUUCACUUGAUACAACAACAGCCACAUCAAAUGUCUGAAAUCAAUGAGCUGUUAAAACCUGCAGUCCGAAAUAAGGAUAAGAUAUUGAAACGCUCGAUAUCUCAACCACAACUUUUGAAAAGUUCUACAAAAUUACAUAAAGGAGCAAUCUUAAGUCUUGGCAAGAAACUGAGCCUGAGUUACUCAAAUAGCAGUUUGAUCUCAGAAUCUUACGGUAGCACAUUUUAUUUGUACACUGUUCUGUGGCUGUGUAUCAUGAUGCUUUUUUGGAAAAAUACCAUGCUGCUUCCACUACUUCCAGUGCCAAUCUUAUUUUAUAUGUUGAAACACCUUGGGAUAUACUUAGGUCUGUGGAAUUACCUGUACAACAAGGUUAUGGACGUUUUUCGUAUUGUCAAAGCUUGGUGCGAGGAGAGACACGAUGCUUUGGUUCCCGUCCCAAUAAGAGGGUUAUACAGGGUGAUUCACAGAACCAACACUGUAUUGAAGAUGAGUAUCAGUGACAGCAUUGACACUUUUGCUAGUUUGGUCGUCAUACUUGGAUUGAUCGUAUUCUUGAUAUGUGCUUCCAUUUUUAUAGCACUCCAGAUCUAUGCGGAGGCCAUCAUGUUAGUACAAAUGACAGGUAAUGUGAUAAACCAGACGGUCGUCCACAAUCCUGAAUUGAGACAAGUUUUACCACCAGCUUGGGACGACACAAUUGAUUCUAUAUUGGAUAACGCCUAUCAGUAUGGCAGACAAGGCAUAUCAAAAGCUGUUAAAAGUAUGAUGUCUGAUGUUGACACUGCCAAAUCGGACAAACUAGAACAACAAGUACUUGAGCUCUGGGACAGAGUUUAUCAAAAUUGGAUGUCUCCAAAUAAUAGCCACGGGCCUCAAGUUACCGAGGAAGCGGUGAGAACGUCGUGGGAAGCUUUUGUUAAUGAUCUACAGAAGUCUUCAGAAAUGCUGAAUGUAAACGCACUUGUCGAAUUCUGCAAGCAGAACAUAGGUACUUUGAUGUCGCUUUUGGAAUCGAUAUGGGGGAUACUAAAAGGAAAUAUCAGCUUAAUUUUAAGCUCCUUCAGUACAUUUUUAUCUGUAAUCCUUGGUGGUGGCACUGCUGUGAUGAACUUCAUACUUAAUAGCGUUGUGUUUUUGACAACGCUUUUUUAUCUGUUGAAUUCGAGUUCCGAUUUAUACAAACCUCUGGAGGUUCUGAUAAAUUUCUCCCCAAGUAGCAGAAGGUUUGGGCAUGCCUUAGAAGCAGCAAUAAAUGGAGUGUUCUCAGCUUCUUUCAAAAUGGCUGCGUUUUAUGGCUUGUGGACAUGGUUCAUUCAUAAUCUUUUUUGCGUCAAGAUCGUCUAUCUUCCUUCUGCAUUUGCUACAAUAUUAGGAGCAGUACCAUUUUUGGGCACCUACUGGGCAUGUAUUCCUGCUGUUCUUGAUCUUUGGCUGGCCCAAGAUCGAGGAAUUGCAGCGAUUCUGUUUGCUCUCUUCCAGUUCCUACCAACUUCAGUUGUUGAUACCACUAUAUACAAAGAAAUUAAGGGGUGAGUAUUCUGGUUAUGGUUUGUGGUCGAAAUUUUCUAAACUAUAAGGUCCCUGAACAUCAAAAUAAGGGCGACAUAGAAGAUGGUGCAACACCGGAUCUUGUAGUGUUCAUACAGAUUAAUUAUUUUUACAAUUUAUACAAAUGUGGUUUCGUUUACGUACAUAAUAACACUGAUAAACACAGGAUUUGUGAC